UAAACAAUCACCCACCGCCCGUCUAGGAAUCUUGGUAGUUGUUGUUUAUUGUUCAAACUCCCAUCACUUUACCGGUAGGCUCUAUAUAUAUAUAUAGUUCCUAACACCAGCUGGUUAAAAACAAAGCCAGGAGAUUCAAAAGAAAAACCCCACUCGCCCAUUCCAUCCCUUUGUCUCAGUCUCUCAGUUUCAGUGCAAACUAUCAGUUCUUUCCAGUUCCUCGCCGCCGAUCACUACCUGCCCACCUCCAGAGUUCUCCUUCUGAAGCAGAUCCAUGGCUCCAGCUUCAGAUAUCAAGCCCAAAGAUGUUUGCAUUGUUGGAGUUGCAAGAACUCCAAUUGGUGGAUUUCUUGGUUCAUUGUCGUCUGUCCCUGCAACCAAGCUCGGAUCUAUAGCCAUUGAAGCUGCUCUUAAGAGGGCCAAUGUCGAUCCCUCCCUAGUCCAGGAAGUCUUCUUCGGCAAUGUACUCAGCGCGAAUUUGGGGCAGGCUCCAGCCAGGCAGGCGGCAUUGGGUGCAGGAAUCUCCAAUACAGUCAUAUGCACUACGGUCAACAAAGUUUGUGCUUCUGGGAUGAAAGCAACGAUGCUCGCGGCACAAAGUAUUCAGUUAGGGAUCCACGAUGUUGUUGUAGCAGGAGGCAUGGAGAGCAUGUCGAAUGUACCUAAAUAUUUGGCAGAAGCAAGGUACUGUCUUAAAAAUGUUUUCAGGAUUCUGGGAAUAAGCAUGAAGGGAUCUCGACUCGGGCAUGAUUCGCUAGUAGAUGGGAUGCUUAAGGAUGGAUUAUGGGAUGUUUAUAACGAUGUUGGCAUGGGGAACUGUGCUGAAAUUUGUGCAGAACAGCAUUCCAUCACAAGGGAGCAGCAGGAUGACUAUGCUGUGCAAAGUUUUGAGCGUGGUAUUGCGGCACAGGACAUUGAUGCAUUUGCGUGGGAAAUUGUUCCAGUUGAAGUGUCUGGUGGAAGGGGAAAGCCAUCAACCAUUGUUGAUAAAGAUGAAGGUUUAGGGAAGUUUGAUGCUGGAAAAUUAAGGAAGCUCAGACCGAGUUUCAAACCGAAUGGAGGAACCGUUACAGCUGGGAAUGCUUCUAGCAUCAGUGAUGGUGCUGCUGCUCUAGUUCUAGUGAGUGGAGAGAAGGCACUAAGCCUUGGAUUACAAGUGAUUGCAAAGAUAUCUGGUUAUGCCGACGCUGCACAGGCACCAGAACUUUUCACCACAGCUCCAGCUCUGGCCAUACCCAAAGCAAUCUCGAAUGCUGGAUUGGAUGCUUCCCAAGUCGAUUACUACGAGAUAAACGAAGCAUUUGCAGUUGUAGCCCUUGCUAACCAGAAGCUGCUUAGUCUCAACCCAGAAAAGAUCAAUGUACAUGGCGGUGCAGUCUCCCUAGGGCAUCCACUCGGAUGCAGUGGAGCUCGGAUCUUAGUCACCCUUUUGGGGGUGCUGAGGCAGAAGAACGGGAAGUAUGGCGUUGGUGGCGUGUGCAAUGGAGGUGGUGGGGCAUCUGCUCUUGUUGUGGAGCUUCUCUAAGAAAGAAUCAUUGGAAGAUUCUCAUCAGUUGUAGUUUGUACCCUUUUCUAAUGUUGCUACUCAUUGUUGAUCUCCAAUAAAACUUGUUGAGGUGUAAUAUUUUAUUUUAUUUUUAAUCUGAGGUUGUAAGGACCUGGAUGUUGGCGAAGAGAAGAGAGUAAAGGAGAAAGACGGAGAUUUUGGGAGAGAAGAGAGCUGUAGCUAUUUUAUUUCUAACUAAAGAGUAAAGUUGUAUAGAAGAAUGAGUUGUCAAAGAUAGCCAAUUACAGAAUGCUCUCCUAUUUAUACUUCUCCACACUUUAG